GAAGAAGAAGAAGAAGAAGAAGAAGAAGGCAUUCGAAGCUCGUCUUCACCUUGACUUCUUGGACAAUGCCGCCUUCAGGGAGACGGGCGUACGUCGUUUUCAGCGCCAUCUACCUCGUCGCGCUGACGUGCGUUGCUGUGUACGCACUCUACACGAUCCAAGAGCACCGCUUGCCUAUCCCAGCAGCUCUGGCUGCAUUCACGCUGGCGCUUCCAGCGAUCGCGGGCGUCGUUCUGGAAGCGUUGACGGGCGAUGCAAACAAGGGCAAUUCACGUUCCACGGUUCUAUGGUCACCAAAGGUGGGCUCGAAAGGUUUGCUGUCCCACUAUGGGGUCAUCCUGCUCUUUGUGUACGAAGCUGUGCUCGCAACUUUGGCAGGCACGCAUAUUUCGCCGGUGAGCGGGCUGAGGUGCGGACUUGAUGAGCGGUGGCUGGCGAUGUUUAAGGAGAAGAAUGCAAUUAUCGGUAAAAUUCAGGAUGCAUUCCAAUGUUGUGGACUGCACAGCCUUGUUGAUAAAGCUUAUCCAUUCCCGAACAAAGAGAGAGGUGCAGAUGCGUGUGUGAAGAUGUACAACAGGCAGCGCAGUUGCUUUGAUAGCUGGCAGAGUGAAGAGCGCCUCAUGGCGGGGUUGUUACUACUAGUCACCAUUGCCGUUGCAGUGUGGAAGGUAAUUGUUAUCUACAUGCAAACUCGAGGGGUAUCAUGGUCUGAAGAGGCUCAGGCCUUGAAUAGGGAAGAAGAUGGUGCCGAAAGACGUGCCCUGGAAUACACCAGCGCAGAAACCCCAUACCGAGACCAACCAGAAAUUGAGGACGGCGUUGAGCAAGAGCAGCUCUGAUAGACGGGCAAGGCUCAUCCUGCCCUCUCGCAGAGAAUGAGCAGAGGUACUUAAAUUAUGGAGCUGACCGCGGUCACUCGAACAAAUUGUGUGAUUGGAUACAUGGUCGAAGAAAAGUGCUCGAAUGUGGAACAUGGCAGGGUUCAUUCGAGGAAAGAUAUUUCCAGUUCCGCAGGGAGAAGGAGCGGAAAAAGCUCACUCUCACGUUCUUUUCGCUUUAACAAUCGAAAUUCUUUUCCACAGUAC